AAGCCACAUUUGCCGCAGUUGCCAAACUUCAUAUAAGAAGGAAGACGGCUUCAUUUAUAAUCACACUUUUAUUGACCAGUGCUCUCUGUCACGUUAUUCAAAUAAAAGAAAAUAAUUCAUAAUUUUAAAGUUCAAAAAACCCAUAACUUGCUUUUCUGAAAAGAUCUGAAGAAAAUUCAGAAGACUCUAUAUUAUAAUUUCUACAAUGUCUGAACAACCAAAUCCCACACCACCUGCUGGAGACGAAAAGAAAGAUGAACACAUUAAUUUGAAAGUGGUUGGAAACGAUCACAAUGAAGUGUUUUUCAAAAUCAAGCGGACAACACAACUGAAAAAAUUAAUGGAUGCUUAUUGUGAAAGACAAGGAAAGUCGUUAAAUUCACUCCGGUUCCUUUAUGAUGGUGAACGUGUACAAAGCCACAACACACCUGCAGAGCUUGAAAUGGAAGAUGGAGAUGCAAUUGACGUAAUGGUGGAACAAAUAGGUGGUCAAAUUAGCUAUAUGUGAACCCUUUACAUGUGAUCUAACGAUAAAAACUAGAUCUUUUUCAAUCUCACUUGUAUUCAUUUUUUUGUUACACAAGAAAAAUUGAAACAAAAACUACUCAUUUCGACCAUUUGAAACAAAUUUCGUUUAUUGUUUAUAUUUUCAAUUUUCCUUCUUGCUAGCUUUAAAGUGUUUUGUUACUUUUAUCAUCCAUUUGGGCAUUUUGUUUAGUUAUAAUUUUCAAUGAAAAAUUUCUAGAUAAUAGUCAUAAAUAAUAUAAGAAAAUGAAUGACAAAUAUUUCGGAUGACUUGCAUUUAAUUGAUUUUAAAUUUAGAUGUCCAAUAAAAUUUUCAUUAAACCACA